AUAGACUUUUGCUUCACUUGACUUCACAACUUGAGCUUUCCGGAGGUCUUGGUCUUGGUGAUAAGUUCUCAGGUAUCACAGUAUCACAAGCUGCACCUUUGUAUAUGCCUUAACGAAAUCAGCAAUUGAGCAUUUUAUUAUUACUUAUUUUAAUCCGUUGCCGUUCAAACCUGUCGUCGCUCUUCGCCAGUUCCUCCAGCUAGUUGUGGACCUCUAGCUAUCACAGCUCAUCACAACACUCCUCAAUUCCUGCAAUUCCUACAAUUCCUGCCACGAUGUCAAGUCAACCUCUCCUUCAGACUACGCCCGGCAAGCGGAUCGCGCUCCCGACCCGGGUCGAGCCCAAGGUAUUCUUCGCCAACGAGCGGACGUUCCUGUCAUGGCUGAACUUCACCGUCAUCCUGGGCGCGCUCGCCGUCGGCAUGCUGAACUUUGGCGACCGCCCGGCCUUCAUCUCCGCCUUCCUCUUCACCAUCAUUGCCAUGGCCGCCAUGGUCUACGCCCUGUUCACAUACCAUUGGCGCGCCCGCUCCAUCCGCCUGCGCGGCCAGGCCGGCUUCGACGACCUCUUCGGCCCGACCUUCCUCGCCAUUAUCCUGCUGCUGGCCGUCGUCGUCAACUUCGUCCUCCGCAUCACAUACGCCUCUAAGGAGAAACAGGGGAAGCACUGAGAGAAAGCUCCGGGAUGGAAGGAUCCGGGAUCAGAGUGUGCGGGAUAGGUAUAUGUUACGGAUUGUGCGGCGGGGAAUUAGAGGGGCAUAUAGGGAGGGAAUCUGCACAUAGGAUAAGAGAUUGAACAUUUGGGAGAGC